AUGGAUAGAUUAUUCUAUUUCAUGCCUUGUGGUUAUGAUCCUUCUAACAUACAAUUUAAUCAUGAUUUUGAGCAUGUGUUUAUGAGAAAUUACAAAAAAGUGAAAACUGGACCGACAUUAGAAGAAAAUCUGCAUGUUACUACAAUACAGCAAAAUACUGAAAACAAUGUAAACGACUUGGGUAUCAUGGAUAUUGGAGGACUUGAUGUAGAUAUUGAAUAUCCAAGAUCAGAUGCAAAUGUUAUUGAAGAAAAUGGGACCGACGAAUUGGCAUCUAUUCUGUUGGAAGAAACUGAUUUGAAGACAGUUAUUUCACCAACUAAAGGACUGAACGUAUCCUUUGCAGCUCAACACAGGUCCCCAGAAAAACAUCCACCUCAGCCAAUUGACGCUGCUGAUGAUCUCAUUCAAUUUUUGGAAGACCUUAAUAAUGAGGAGCAUAGGAACAACAUACACAGCAACUCCAUGGUUAGCAAAAGUUGGAACAUGCUUGCCUAUCUACAGAAAAAGAGCGAAGAAGAGAGACAGUUGUGUCAAAACACAAACGAACAAGUAUUUCUGAGCUUUGACAAGAUUAUUCGUGAAGGAAAUACAAAAAACUCCAAACGUUUGAGGUAUAAGGCAGCUCAAGGGUUUUAUCAGCUUUUAGUUCUCGCUUCUAACGGCCACAUUGAAAUUGAAAGCCUGGAUAGAAUUGUUGUUCGGUCCACCAUUAUGGAGUAA